AUGGCUGAACCCAGUCUUGAGGGUCUUCCCAUUGAGCUCAAGAUCCAGGUACUGUGGCAAGUGUCGACUGUUCACGAUCUCAAAUCACUCGUGUUGGCAUCGCCCGGUUUCCAUCGCUCGUAUCUUCUCGAGAGACGCGAACUACUUGAAUUCCAUGUACAGCAGCAGUAUAGCAAAGACCUCGACUUAGCAGAGGCUCUUACUGCCGUCCGGUCGAGAGGCAAUCGGUUCUAUGACAGACAAGAAAGCGCAAUCGCGUUACUGGAUCUCUGGCGCCGCAGAGAUGAGUUCCGGGAGCUUGGACUCUCAUCGUCCAGACGAAUGGAUAAAGCUGAAAGCUUGGAAGAGGUGAUAGAGCUGCUUCAUCUCCAUAAAAAGCUCUCAUUCUUCGUCAAUGAUUAUGCAAUAAACACACCCAAGCCUCCCAAGGUGUCUCCCGCUGAAUGGAAAAACGAGUACCUCCCUCUCAAACUGUCGAGUACUGAAAGGGGAAGAAUUCUGAGAGCCUUGUGUCGCCUUCAAAUUCUGAAGAAUAUCUUCGGGAAAUCAGUCCUCUGCGAAGAUUGGCUGCAUUGUUCAUGUGGAAAGUUCGACCAAAUAAAUUGGACUUUUGGACAGACAACGGAAUCUAAAACCAGUUUGCCCUACCCUGAAAGCAAAGAACUUGAAAGAUUUGCAUUUCGAUUGUUUUAUGGCGCUAUGCCUCCUUGGGAAUCCGAGGAAAUGUGCUGUGUGAACAACUAUCUCAUGAAAAAGGUCAAGGUUGUGGCCGAGGAAGUGGUACAUGACAUACGACAGCUCUUGAAAAAUACCCCAACCAAAUAUUUCUGGGAAAUUCUGCCUAUAGAGGAACGGCCUCCGUUCAAUGGCUCGUUUGAAUAUGAGACUAAUCUCAAUCACGUGUUCAACCAUUUCGAAGGAAUAGCAGGACUAGGCCCAGAGUUCCUAUACCGUCUCUUGAAAAUGGACCGCCGGAGCAGGCGUAAUGUUUUCGUUCUCCAAGUCAGACCCUUUUAUGGGAAUUCGCCUUUCCUUGGCCUAAACACCCGCGACAUGGUAUGGGACGAUACAUUUCCGCUUGUCCAACCGGCAACCAGACAUGACUACCCAGGCUUUGAACAGCUCUGGCCUACCUUACCGCCAAUAGAGCAGCCCUCGGCUGGUUGGAGGAAGGCGUGGGUCUUGCCAAGUUACGACGAAGAGGGUUAUCUUGAGGAUGCUCUGAAUUAUGAAUAUGCUAGCAAGGCUUCCAAGGGUGGCAUUGGGGUUACGCUCUUUGGGAUGAAGAGCGCUUGA